AAGUUCCGUUCAGUUCAGCGCGACUGUCAGUUUGAACUUCCUUCCUGCCUUUUGUACGUGAAACACACCGAGGCGAGUCGCUCGGCUGCUGGAGGAGAAAGUGCCCCAAAACACGCAUCGGAGCCCAGCAGCUAGGUUCACAAGUCCCCCUGCACACACCCGGAGUCCAGCCCGAGGCUUUUCUGGGGCUUUUUGAACCCCAUGUGAAGCUGCUGAAUCGGACUAGCCCUUUUCCACCGAUUUAUUUUGAACUUUGGCGACGGUUUUUGAUUGGACAGGGACCGGCAACAAAACGCGUUCCCCUGAGCAAAACGAGCAGCUGGCACAAAUACAUGUGUCAGCAGUGUGUACAAAAAGUGAAUGAAGUACGAGGGCUGGGAUUAUCGUGUUGCUCUACAAGCCCGCCUUCUUUAACCCUGACCGCAUGAUGGUUGGCUCCAGAGGCCAGUGGGGUAUCGAUGACUAGGCCUAAAUGGGAGGGCUUAUGGACAAAGCCAGCCUUCUAUUAUGGCUGCUUAUGCCCUGAACUACCUACUCACGAUGAACCCUAAUAACCUGACUGAUAAGAGCAGCCCUCGGACUGCAAGGCCUGUGCUUCCAGUGCCGGACCGAUCCACCUACAGCCCACUGCUGGGACGGAAUAGUGGUUCCUACAGCCCCGGGAGCUUGAGUCCUAGCUCUUCUGGCACAUCUUUUGUCUUUGCCUCUGGCGUGACCAGCACCAACAACUCUAGGGCACGCUCACCAUGUCGCUCGCCAGACCUGCUGGGGGUGAAUGUGGGCACCCGAGUGCGCAGGCUGAGUGGCACAGACCCAGAGGAGGAGCAGGAGGAGGAAGAGCGGCGUGCUGCUCAGCAGCUCCAGCGCAGCAAGGAGCUCCAGAAUGUAGAGGUGAACAAGAAGGUGGAUCUGUUCGAGGCACAUAUUUCUGCUCAGGCCCAGAGCAGGGAGCUCCAGCGCAGCCCUCGGCUUGCCAGGCGGCAGGGCCCGAAUUCUGCCCCUGUACCUCAGCCGGACAAGCCCAGCUCUGUCUCUGACUUAAACUUUACAGAUGUCUGGAGCAUCCCCCAGGAGCUGCAGAAUGGGAAGAACUCCCGAGGGCUGGAGAGACACGGACAAAAAAACAAUACAGUUAAUACAAAUAAGGAAGAGGGUAACCUGCAGGGAAACAAAUCAGUUAACAGGUCGACGAACACUGUCUCCACAUCACAAGGGGCUGGUAAUGACUUGACUGCCACCAAGCAAUCAGAGACAACUAAGGACGGAGCUCAGCCAACGGAAGCUCAGUCUCAGGCGGACGCUGAGGAGAGGAGUGCAAUCCCUGCCGUCAUAGUGACAGACCAUGGAAUAGACGCUGGUGGAGAGGGCCAGGAACCCCAGGUCAGCCCACAGCCCUCCCAAGCACUGCGAAAGCUCUCCUCCUCGUCUGCCUCUUCCACUGGCUUCUCCUCCUGGGAAGAAUCAGAGGAAGACCUCUCCAGUGACCCAGAACGCACACCAGCCUUCCUCCAGACGCAGCAGAAAGCACAUAAAUCAUGGAAGAAGAUCAAGAACAUGGUGCAGUGGUCACCUUUUUUAAUGUCCUUCAAAAAGAAGUACCCUUGGAUUCAGCUGGCUGGCCAUGCAGGCAAUUUCAAGGCAGGUGCAUAUGGCUGCAUCCUGAAGAAGCACUGCGAGUGUGAGCAGCGCUGCCUGACCCGGUUGAUGAACGACGUGCUGAAGCCGUAUGUCCCAGCCUACCACGGUGAUGUGGAGAAGGACGGUGAGAAGUACAAUCAGAUGGAAGAUCUGCUGGCUGAGUUUGAGACGCCCUGCGUCAUGGAUUGCAAAAUGGGCGUCAGGACAUAUCUGGAAGAAGAGUUGACGAAAGCCAGGAAGAAGCCCACUAUGAGGGCCGAUAUGUACCAGAAGAUGAUUGAAGUGGAUGUAGAUGCCCCCACACCAGAGGAAAAUGAGCAGAAAGCAGUUACCAAACCACGCUACAUGCAGUGGAGAGAGACCAUCAGCUCUACAGCCACACUGGGCUUCCGCAUUGAAGGCAUCAAGAAGGAAGAUGGAACAGUAAACAGAGACUUUAAAAAGACCAAGACUCGGGAACAAGUGACUGAGGCUUUCCAAGAUUUUUUCAAAGGAAACAGGAAUAUCCUGACUAAAUAUCUCAGCCGGCUACAGGAAAUCAAGGAAACUCUGGAAGUAUCACCGUUUUUCCAGACACACGAGGUGAUUGGCAGCUCUCUCCUUUUCGUCCAUGACAAGCAUGAAAGGGCAAAAGUGUGGAUGAUAGACUUUGGCAAAACCACACCGCUGCCUGAAGGCCAGUUCCUGAACCACCGUAACCCAUGGGUGGAGGGCAACCGUGAGGACGGCUAUCUCUAUGGUCUUGACCACCUCGUAGACAUUCUUAACAACAUGGCCGUGACAAAGCCGAUGUAAAGAAAAGGAGAUUGCUGUGAUCCAGUACUGUUUUUAAUGUGCCUUUGUUGACUUCUCUUCACUAUUUUGCCUUGUGGGAAUUCCCACUGAUAUCCCAAAGGCCAUGUCUAUACUUAAUUAAUACUUGUUUGUUAGAUGCCCAUGAAGAACUGAGGGAUUGAACAACUUUUGGGCAUAGUCCAAAGGAAUCUGAUUUGGCAGAUUUCACAUUACAACUAUUACAACUACAUUGUUCUUGCAGCCACAAGAAAAUGUUUUACACUGCUGUACCCCCUUUCUCUUGUGCUGCAAAUGGCCACUUGUAUGACUUUAUACUUCUGAGACUUGAGGAGAAGUCAGUGAGCGUGUUAAAAACAGAUUUGGAACACAGGACACGUCCUCCUCUUCCUGGAGUUCUCUUUAUUCUGCCCUGGGUAGAUCACUCGCACUACAAUACAGGACCUACCAGGGUUACCACAGAAAGCUACCCCCCUCAUCAACACCCCGCAACACACACACACAAACACACACACACACACACACACACACACAGUUUGCAAAAUAGAAGGGCCACAUGUGCUGUGUGUAUUUGUAUGUAUGUAAAGAUACUGAGGCUGUACAUAUAGUAUAUAUGUAUGUAUAGUAUAUAUAGUGUAGAGAUUGUACAGUAUAAUGUUUCAGUAGUGGAGGCCACCUGGAAGAUUUUCUGCAGCUUUAAUACUUCGUCAGUCUGCGUCCGAAUGUAAAAUUCCACUAUUUUCUACCUUUAAUUUGAGCUGUUUGUAUAAUGCUAGUGUUACAGUAUCAAUCACUUGUGCCUUCAUCUCUCUAAUACUUGCAAUCGCAUGAGCAUCAACUUAACUAUGUUUCAGAAAAGAGGAUGAAGAAGAAACUGAUCACAUUCUCACCUAACACGCUUUAAAUUAUCUCCAAAUUUGGUAUGCAGUCCUUUUCGCUUCUCCUAGAACAGGCUACCAGAAGUCUAUUUGAGCUCACGUAUACAAAUCUAAACUUGUAGGUUUACAAUCAUGUUUCUAUUUAAAUGGGUAUAGCUGUCUUUUUUUUUUAUUUGGGACAUUUAGUGAUGUGUCGUUAUAUAAUAUUUAUUAUGUAGUGCCUAACUGUAAUAACUGACAUUUGUUGUAAUGUUACAUUGUGCCUAUAGUAAUUUAUUCUACAUGCCUUUUAAAAAAAGAUUGUAACAGGCCCAAAAUCUCUCCAAUAACAUUUCUGGAAUCAGAUGAUGGUGCGGUGUAUGCUGAAAUCAUGCAAGUUCAUUCUAAAAAAAAAAAAAAAAAAGAAUGCUAAACUGGCAAACCCUCAUAUGGCUUUGAAAAAGUAUCUCAUAAGCAAGUCAUUAAUCAUACUGUAAGGGGGAAUUCUAGCAGGUUUUCUAAAAAUUUAUCUCACUGAGAAGUCAACAAAGUCAUGCAGAAUGGCUCAUUCUAGAGAUAUGUACUGACUUCAUUUAUUUACAGUGCUUCUGAAACUGGGGUCAGUACAUCUCCAAAGCAAAGAUGGCUGUUUUGCUUGUAACUACCAGUGAAAUUACACGUUUAUACCCCAUUACACGUGUUUAUACCCCAUUACACGUGUUUAUACCCCAUUACAAUGCUUCGUCUGUAUAAUCUGAUGUUAACUGAUACAGCUCGAGAUACACAGAGUUAACCUUACUGUAAUACAGUCCGUUUGUUAGUCCGUCUUAGUCCUUUUGGACAUUUUAGUCCGUUUGGUACUACAUCAUAGUAUUUUUCUAAUAAGAAACAGAAACCGUAAGUCAAGGCUUCUCACAGGCUGCUUUUUGGGCAAACAAACCCCAAAUAGACAUCCACGGUUUCUCUUUAAAACGUUCUGGUGUUGUCAUGAUUCUUGUCAUGAGCUGCGUUUUACAUCAACAAUUCCCACCUUACAUUCAAAAGUAUUUACUAAUCUAGAAAAUCCGAGAACGCAAUCUAGUAUGCAAAACAGAUGUUUUGGUAGGUUCGAAGGCCACGUGAGAGUUUUUUUUUAAGGCUACAUGUAAUAGGAAAACCGGUUAGAGUUAGUACUCAAUAACAGUCUAGAACAGUACAUAAGUAUGCGAUUUGGGGCACAACGCUAGUUAGUUUAGUGGAGGUAGAUGGACGGGUUAAUUUGUUGGUUACUAUUGCUGAAUUCCUACUCUAGUGCAGCUAAAAUAGUAUGUACUAAUUUAAAUGUGACUCCAGUAACAAUUUAUAGUAGCACACAAAAUCCAACUUCGAUAUUUCUAAUAUUAUUUUGUAAAAUAAUUGAAUAAAGCAAAAGAGGAGAUUGUGAGUUUCUCUCACCACCCCUUUUGUAAAUCAAGCGACCUCAUGUAGAGUCGUGACCCCUAGUCUGGGAACUCCUGCUCUUCGUGAAAGAGGAUAUUUUGGGGGUCAGGAUUUCGUAGUGAAAAUGGCAUAUUGCUGAAUAGCGAGGCACAAGGCAUUGUGAACACAGGGUUUCUGAACAUUUCUGAACAAAUCUGAACUUUGUUUACUUCUCAACAUGCAAAUUAUGCAGAAGUAUUGGAAAAUUGGUAGGAUUCCAGUUUAAUCCAAAGAAUACAGUGCUUUUUCUGUUCUCCUGUUAACUAUUCACCUGUUGAUUCAUCCACACAGUAUGCUUUUACAGUUUUGUCUAUUCAGCUAGCUAUUUGUCUUAAAAUGCAGCGCAAAUGACCAAAAGUGUGACUUGUAUCGGUACAUUCCUUUAGAUCCCCUCUUUGAAAUAGAUCUUGGUGGUUUGUUAUUGAAUGGGUUAUUUGGACAAUCGUUCCAAAAGCAGUUCCGAUUAAAAAGAUAUCCCAAAAAAAAGACUCAUGACACGAAGUGUAUCCGGUUCAGAUUGAGGUGAUUGCUGUUUGCAUGGCUAUUUGCUAUGCAAAUCCGUCAGUCUCUGCUCCGGCCAAACAUUUGGCUGUGGUCCAACGAAAACAGAGUCUGCGAUAAACGCUCAUUCGUGUAUGAGUGCCUGCUGAUAGACAUUUGUGAGUUCCUCAGCUGGUUUAUUGAGGGUAAUUGAACGUGGGUAAGGAACAGCUGGAACUUACAGUCAGCAGCAUAGCCCAUGUUUAUUCCCCUCGAGGUUAAAUUGUGCCAAACUAACUUAAUCAUGAUGUGUAUUCCCCAGUUAUCAUCUACUGAGCUAUGCGCUUUUAUUUGUAAUAACUCCUAAAGGAACUAAAGAACAACAGUACAGAAGUGUGUCUUGGCAUUAAAUUGCGGACCAUUGGCAGAACUAAACUUAAUCCACAGAUUGUCAUCCUUUGAGAUGUCUUUUUGUGUAUAGUUUUUAUCUUUUUUUUUUUUUUUGUAAUAUGUGAUCCCUUGAAAUGUGCACUCAGUAAAAAAAAAAAUCAUGUUCUAUUCACUAGCUUACUUAGCAACGAAGGUCUCACUGACCCUGGCCAACUGUUGUGAUUUUAUAGCAAUAUUAUUGUAAAAUUUAUUUUAAAAUACCCAGUACAUCUUCAUCUCAGGUAUUAACAACGUAAAAAUAGACACAAAAUCACACUUCAGUAAUUGCAGGUUUGAGAUCUCUGGUAAAAUGACCUGCAGGUAAUGUCUCAUAUAAAUAUGAGUUUUAAAAUACUGUUUGUAGACAAACUUGACAAGCCAAGCCCAUUAAGGUCCAUUUUUGAAGAAGGAAUUAAUUAAUCAAUUAAUUAAUUAAUUAAUUAACAUUCCAAGUGAUGAGUUGAAAAGUUCCACAGCUCAUAGUGAUGUGCUAGUUGACCUGCUAUAGCUGAGCUUUGGGAGUGCGGCGCCCCCUGCUGUAAUGGUGCUAUAGUGUAGGUGCUGUGUAAUGGUAGUUUAAAGAACAAAGCCGAAAGCAAACUACUUUUUAACAGGUUUUAAUAACUUUUGAUUUUUAGUGUAUUUUUUUGUGUGUGUUUUCAAGGGUGUCAUACACAUACUCAUUAAAUGCCUGUGACAUUUUGCACAAGAACACUAAACAUAGCUGCAUGUAUCUUCUCUUUGUCAUCUAUUGACUUGGUUAUAUUGAUUUUGCUUUAAUACCUUGCUUGGUGAGAAGUUGCAUUUUGGCUUUGAUGAGAAUUAUCUGGUCAGUAAUGUCUUGCUUUAAUCACGCCUUGGUUUUAUUCUGCAGAUGAUCUCCAAAGCCUACUCAGCAUUGUAAUAUUUAAUAUGAAAGGGUGCAUUGUGAAACUGCCUGUCCCAAGGGCCUGUUUGCUCUUUCAGAACUUGCUCUUCUGCUGUAACCUACUGUAUAUUUUACUACACUCAUACUGCAAAAAAAUAUGCUUGGCUGUACAAUUUUACUGAAGUAAAUGAACAAUUAGUUGAACGUU